UGCCUUGUACAUUUCUAACGGUGCAUAUUGCAAUACUGUGUUUGACAUUGUGAAAUUACGGAUCGUGUUUGAGACGACAUUUUUCAAUAUCAACAAACAGUUUUUUGCCGAAUGUCAAACAAAAUGGAUAAAAAAGAAGACUUUGAUCGUAAGAAGUCCAAUGAUUCGGAUGCAAUCAGUCUCUUCUACGAAGGCGAUUCAUUCAGAAGUGACGGAAGUGGAAAAAGAAGUUAUGAUUCGAUUUCAUCGUUGGAUGAAUAUUUGGCCAAACCAAAACGCUUACGUGCCACCUUAGAUGCCGACAAUGAUGGUGCAUUCGAAAUGAGCGAAAGUUUUCGUAAUCAACCGACCGAUGAACGUAUCAACACAUUGUUUGAAUAUGUGCAAAACACAAAGCUUGAAUAUGCGCCAAAUCUUUGCAACGAGAUAGUGGAACAUGGUCGAAAACAAGAGCUACCACGCUUCAUGGAAGUGGCCAAAACAUUUCCAACAAACGUUCAACCACUCGUAUAUGACCACGUGUUCCGUGCUUUGUGGCACGCAGACGGUGCAGUUUACUCAACGGCCUUGAAAGAAUUGACAAACAUUGUUCACAGCGUGGGAUAUACGUCGGAAAAAUGUAUUGACUACAUUGUACGCAAAAUUCUUGCCACCAACAACGAUAAUUUAUCCGCAUUUUACGACGAACUGAAAUACAUUCACAAAUCGGGCUACAAAUUUGAUGUGAUGCAAAUGAAUUCUUUGAUGGACCAUUGUAUCAAGAAUUUUGAUUUGAAUUUCCAUCAAUUUGUGUUGGACAUCCUCAACAAGUUUUCCCGUCCGGUAUUGGAUAUGGUGAAUCAGGAGCUUCUCAAGAGAUUUGCAGAAAGACGUAUGGAAAACGUUCGACAACAACGACGACUUGGACUUUCGCGAAAAAUGUGAACCAAUCAACCUUAUCAACUUAAAAUUAGUUUUAGAUUCUUCAGUAUAUGAAGAGAAAUAGAUAAGUUAUCGACUGAAAUUACGUUAUUUUGCCAUAUUUUAUAGAUUACUAAAAUAUUGGUUAAGAAUUGAUUCGCACUUUAUUGAAAUUGUGGUUAUUCAAACAUUGCCUUUUUCAUAUUCAAUUUUUUUUCCACGGUAUAUUUGUUCGUUCAAAUAUAUGAAUAAAUGGUUUAGUUUUUUCUA